AUGGAAGAAGCAGACCAGCUAUGCGAGGCGGCUAAAUCCGGCGACUUGAAAAAGGUUCAAACUUUGAUAAACUCCGGAGCAGACGUCACACACUUUGACGGCGACGGUCUGACGCCGUUAAUGCACGCCGCCAAAACCGGAAACGCCGAGAUCGUCUCCGCCUUACUCGAAUCAGGAGCUCCAUGGAACGCUCUCUCUCCGUCAAACCUCUCAGCAGGAGACUUCGCCAUGGAAGCAGGACACCAAGAAGCAUUUGACCUCCUCCUCAAAACCGGAAUCCAAUCGGAGCUAAUCCUAGGAACAAUCGCUCGCAAAGAAACCAAAAGCGAAUACUCAAACCAAGACUAUCUCCAAGACAGAGUCAGUUUCAGCGAAGACAAGCUAAUGGACAACGAGAGCAAAGGAGUGAUGAUGGCUUGGGAGAAGCCACUAAUGGAAGCUCACGCCAAAGCGAUCUGCACCAACGGAGGAUCAAUCCUCAACGUCGGAUUCGGUAUGGGACUCGUCGACACAGCGAUCCAAAGCUACAAUCCGACCAAACACACGAUCAUCGAAGCGCAUCCGGAUGUUUACAAGCGUAUGAUCGAGUCCGGUUGGGGUGAAAAGGAGAAUGUGGAGAUUGUGUUUGGGAGAUGGCAAGACCAUGUUGAUAAGCUUGAUGAGUGUGGUUACGAUGGGGUGUUUUUCGAUACGUAUGGAGAGUAUUACGAGGAUUUGUGGGAGUUUCAUCAGAAGCUGACGAGGCUGUUGAAGCCUUUUGGGGUUUAUUCUUAUUUCAAUGGGUUUUGUGGGAGCAAUGCGUUUUUCCAUGUGGUGUAUUGCAAUCUGGUGACGUUGGAGAUUGAGAGUUUGGGGUUUAGUACGCAGCUGAUUCCGUUGCCGGUGAAGGAUUGUCUUGGUGAUGAGGUUUGGGAAGGUGUCAAGCAAAAGUAUUGGCAGCUUGAUACUUAUUAUCUCCCUGUUUGUCAGUUUAGUGAGUGA